AUGAAUCUAUUCAUGCCGGCCGAACGACUGUCCGGUCCUCCGACGCCGACCCUGCUGGCGGCGAGUCCUCCGGUCCAGAGCCUGCUGGCGGUGCGUCCUCCGACGCCGACCCUGCUGGCGGCGAGUCCUCCGUCCAGUCCUCCGGUCCAGACCCUGCUGGCGGCGAGUCCUCCGUACAGUCCUCCGACGCCAACCCUGCUAGUGGUGCGUCCUCCGUCGCCGACCCUCCUGGCGGUGCGUCCUCCGGCCCAGAUCCUGCAGGAGGCGCGUCCUCCGGCCAAGACCCUGCUGGCGGCGCGUCCUCUAUCCGGUCAUUCGCCCCAGAGUUCACUGCCAGAACGACUGUCCAGUCCUCCGACGCCGACCCUGCUGGCCGCGCUGCCUCCGUCCAGUCCUCCGGUCCAGAGCCUGCUGGCGGUGCGUCCUCCGGCCCAGACCCUGCUGGCGGCGCGUCCUCCGACGCCGACCCUGCUGGCGGCGCGUCCUCCGGCCCAGACCCUGCUGGCGACGCGUCCUCCGGCCCAGACCCUGCUGGCGGCGCGUCCUCUAUCCAGUCAUCCGCCCCAGAGUUCACUGCCAGAACGACUGUCCAGUCCUCCGACGCCGACCCUGCUGGCGGCGCUUCCUCCGCCCAGUCCUCCGGUCCAGAGCCUGCUGGCGGUGCGUCCUCCGAUGCCGAUACUGCUGGCGGUGCGUCCUCCGGUCCAGAGCAGAGCCUGCUGGCGGCGCGUCAUCCGACGCCGACCCUGCUGA